CGUGAUGCUCUCUGCUAGCUGAUGAUAUAACUUGUUACCAUGUCGACGUCAGACUCGGAUUACUCCAUUGACUGGCUCGCCAGCGACGAGGACGACUGCGUCAGCCCCGACAGAUUGAGUCCUCAGCAGGCAGACGCUCCACCUGCGCCGUCGUCAUCAUCAUCAUCAUCUUCAUCAUCAUCAUCAUCAUCGUCGUCGAAAUCAACCACAUCGUUAAGAGAAUCUCCAUCGAGCUGCUUCCUCUCCGCAUCGACUCAGAGGAGGAGGAGGAGGAGUGACUGUAAAGAUGGAGGUUGCUGCGGAGGCGGCGGCGCUGACUCUCCCCCCGCCGCCGCCGCCGUCGCCAUGGAGACGCCGGCGGCGGUCAGUCCGGUUCAGGGAUUUACCUCCGUUUGUACGCAGCAGCAGCAGCAGCAGCAGACGCUUCGUGUGGACAGGAAGAGAACACGCAGCGCUGCUUUAGACGAACUCUGUGAAAAACGUCAACCAGACACUGAAAAUCAACUGUUCUCGCAAAAGUGCACGGAGCUGCAGUGCUACGUCCGGCCGCUGUCGUCCAUCCUGCACGGCUUGAGAUCAGGCAGGUACUCUGAACGUCUCAGCAGUUUCCAGGAGAGCGUCGCAAUGGACCGUAUCCAGAGAAUAAUGGGGGUCCUUCAGAAUCCAAACAUGGGCGGACGCUUCCUCAGCAUUAUUCUGAAAAUAGAGGAGAUGCUCCAGAGCUGGUUCCCCCACAUCAAACCAAAUCUGACCCCGAGAGACGACAGCACUCCGGCUAAGAAGCAAAAGCAGCAUCACUGCAGCGCUUCCCCUCCUCCAUCCUCUCCGGCGCCGCUCUGCUCCUCAGACUCUGCAGCAUCUUUCUCAACCUCCACCCACCUCAAAUGGUUUCACACCUCGCCCAUCUGCUCCCUGAAAACGCCCGAGUCGACGCUGAACCGGCCUGCAGCCGCCGCCGCCGCCUCCGCGAUCCCCGCCCCCGCCUCCUCCCCUCUUCCAGCCCGCUGCAGCCGGGAAGCGACGCAGGACAACGCCGUCUCCUCCAGCACCGACUCCCUCACGCGCCGCCUCAGCAGCAGCAGCAGCAGCAGCAACCCUCGUCCGAGCCGGGGGCCGCUUCCCUUCAAGAUCAGCUCGCCGUGUUUAGAGAGGCUGCUGCAGGCGAAGGAGAGCAUCAUCGCACCCAGAACUGUGGGAGACGGAGGCUGGUUCUCGUGAGGAACGCCGGUGUGAGGAACGCUUCAACGUGUCAGCGGCUUUGGCAACGGAUCCGAGUGAGACGGGAUCUCACCUCGCCUUGCAGGCCCCCCCAAACAUGGCUUCCAUACAGCCCCGAAGAUACAAAAAAAGGCCUUAAAAAGCAUGUUUCAAAGUCUUCUAAAUCUUUUUUUUUAUUUUAAAUCUACUGCUCGCUCAGACUUCAGGAUGAGCAGAAAGAGUCCGAAUGUGACAGAAAUAGACAGAAAUAGAAAUAUAAAAACAUGGGAAGAUUUGAGUUGUUUUUUUUUUUUUAUAUGACGGCUGCCUGUGUGAAGAAAACACAAACACAAACACAGGACCUCCUAGUUUGAGUUUCCACUAGAUGUUGUUGAGUUGGACGGGUUUCAUUCUCUAAUGAGUCCAAAGUUUAAAACGAUGUUGGCAGAGAAGACGAGGACGAAAUAUUCCCUCAACAAUCGAGUGACUGAACAAAUAAAAGGCAGGAAUCAUGAGCUCUGGGUCUGACUUCUUCUUCUUCUUCUUCUUAAUAAAACGACUGUAUUUAUGGAUCGAAACUCUACAGGAACGCACAUUACACUCGAGGAGAAUAAGAGGAGGAGGACUUUCAUAUACCUGAAUACUUUGACUGUUACCUUGUUUGAUCUGCUUUUGGUUUUUAAUGAUUCCUCUACCUCAUGCUGAUACCACGUCACAGUUUGACCGCAGCACCGCAGACGAUCGCUGUAAAAAAAAACGCUGAAUCCAAAACUUGCAAACUUUUUACAGCAGCUGAGAAAAAGUUCUUGGUUUUAGGGCUGAGUGGAUAAAUUAAUAUUACUCAAACUUGUUUCCUAUACACAUAUAUCUAUCUCUACACCAAUGUGUCGAAAGCAUCCAAAGCCUGAAUUCAUUGAUUGAAACAACAGUGUAGUGAAGUAAUAUCAAGUUAUCGCUCAGCACUAAAUAAACCAGAGUAACUUCAGCUCAAGCAGUCGGUAACUUUUCUCUCAGCCCUCAGAAAAAGACGUGAUCCCUCGAUACGAAGAAUAAAUAAACUGAUGGAUCAAUGAAAAACAAUUCCUCCCCAAAGUUUUCGUCUUUCACAUCCUGCUUGUGUGAGUUUCAGACUGGUUAACAAUUAACUGGAGACGUUGACGGGAUUUCAAAAGUCUGUUUUAACCCUCCUGUCGUCCCCCCGGGUCAAAUUGACCCCGUCUCUUUUGACUGUUCCUUCUUUCCUUCCUUCCUCCCUCUUUAAAUGUUCCUUCGUUCUUCCCCUCCUUUCCUCUUUCUUUGCUCCCUCCUCCUUCCAUACUUCUUUCCUCACUUCUUUCCUUCCUUCUCUCCUUACUUCCUUCCUCUUUUCCUCCCUCCCUC